UUUUGUUGUUGUUUAAUUUCAGUGUCGAACUUCAGGCCUCACUGGUUUUGCAGAACAGCAAAGGCGCUCUUUUCACUUUAUAAAGUGUCAAGAUGAUGUUUUUUUUUUUCCGGACGAACCAUUAACCAUGCGAAUUCCAUCUAUGUUUAGGAACAAAAUAGGUCUGAAAGUCCGGAAAACUUCACCAUGAGUCAUUGUAGGUGGUACCAGGGAUGGGAUACAGCCAUUUCUAUGUGUUCCCUGUCAGUCACAGUUCACUUUACCUGACCUCUGUCUCUGCUGCAUGGAUUUUCCUUCCAAAUCAGAUUUUUGUAUGGAAUUGAUACAUCAGGCAGAUUGAUUUAAGCACGGUUUUUAUUUUUGGCUGUCUCUGAAUGGUCUCCAUUCGUGCUUGAAAGAAGGAAAAUAGAGAUGAGACAAGUGGUUGAUGCAUAACAGGGGAUCAGCUGAGUCUUUACCGUGUCCACAGUGGCAAGGUGACUGCAUUUAGAUACGGCGUAGAAGGGUAAUUAGGAUUUCAGCUCCAUGACGGGGCUAGGUUUGGUUUUCACCUUGAUUGAAAUGUAGCUAAAUAUUUAAUCUGUUGAGGUGGCAACGGGAGAAGCUCAGGCCCACUCUGAGGCUGCUCGUAGAUCUCCUCCCGUUCUCCAUGGAGUGGCCGAUAUGUGUCACGAAGAUGUCCACACGGAGCUGCCAGGGAACGGACUCGGUCAUCAAGCCCCUGGACACCAUCCCUGAGGACAGGAAGGCGCGGGUGCAGCGAACCCAGAGCGGCUUCGACACCUUCGAGAAGCCGGCCAGCCAGGUCAAGAGGGUCCACUCGGAAAACAAUGCCUGCAUCACCUCCAGGGCGGCGCCGUCGAGCAAGGAGUCUCCCAAGCUCCGUCGCCACUCGAACCCCCGCUCGCCAACAAGCCCCAAGUUUGGCAAGGCGGACUCCUAUGAAAAGCUGGAGAAGCUGGGUGAGGGCUCAUACGCCACCGUCUUCAAAGGGAAGAGCAAGGUGAAUGGCAAGAUGGUUGCACUGAAAGUGAUCCGGCUACAGGAGGAAGAAGGCACCCCGUUCACCGCCAUAAGGGAAGCUUCCCUUCUGAAAGGCCUGAAACACACUAACAUUGUACUGCUCCAUGACAUCAUCCACACCAAGGAAACGCUGACUCUGGUCUUCGAGUACGUGCACACAGACCUGUGUCAGUACAUGGAAAAACACCCUGGUGGUCUGCAUCCGGAUAAUGUGAAGCUCUUCCUGUUCCAGCUGCUGCGUGGUCUGUCCUACAUCCACCAGCGCUACAUCCUGCACCGUGACCUCAAGCCCCAGAACCUGCUGAUCAGCGACACUGGCGAGCUGAAGCUGGCCGACUUCGGGCUCGCCCGUGCCAAGUCGGUCCCCAGCCACACGUACUCCAAUGAGGUGGUGACACUCUGGUACAGACCACCGGACGUCCUGUUGGGUUCCACCGACUACUCGACCUGCCUGGACAUGUGGGGUGUGGGAUGCAUCUUCGUCGAAAUGAUCCAGGGGGUGGCCGCCUUUCCCGGCAUGAAGGAUAUCCAGGACCAGCUGGAGCGGAUCUUCCUGGUCCUGGGCACGCCCUCUGAAGACACCUGGCCAGGGGUCCACUCUUUGCCUCACUUCAAACCAGAACGUUUUACUGUGUACAGCCCCAAAAAGCUGAGACAUGCGUGGAACAAGCUCGGCCACACGGACCAUGCCGAGGACCUCGCCUCACGGCUGCUCCAGUGCUUCCCCAAGAGCCGCCUCUCGGCGCAGGCAGCGCUCAGCCACGAGUACUUCGGGAGUCUUCCUCCGCGGCUCUGGGAGCUUCCUGACAUGUCUUCUACCUUCACCGUCCCCAAUGUCAGACUGCAGCCCGAGGACAGCGGGCGAGCAAGCGGGAAAGCUGCAAGUCACGCCAAGGCCUCCGGCAAGAACUGAGGGCAGCAGAUUCAAAAGUGGUGAACACUUCAACUGUCUGUGGACCAGCAAUGAUCACAAUGACAAGAAGGGGAAUGAGCUGCAGUGGGGAUUUUUGUUUCAUUAUUCCGUCAUUCUUCAGUUCAGAUCAGCCUUGCGGGCAAAGCGACAAGCCCGGUCCCCUGAGGAAAUGCUCGAUGUGCGUCUUACACCGUGUGAGCACCUGUUGACGUGCCGCCCUCAACAACGUCCGCUGCAUCUAACGUGCCGACCAUGCGAUUGUGUCUUCUAAUUCCUUCUUUGGAAAAACCCACAAAUAUAAAAACUGUAAGGCUUCUGAUUCCGCUCAUGUCUUCUCACACAGAUGAAGUGAAACUUUUGAUCCAUAAAAGAAAAUUCAAGGCAAUAAUCAUGUUGACACUCAAGAUAUAUAUCUUGAGUGUUUGACCAGGUAAGGGAGUUCAGCAAUUCAGGCCAAGGCCAAAGCAGAUUAUCUGAUGAUUGCCUUCAGUACUGAAGGGCUUCAUUCUUCAGCUACAUAGUUGUAUUACUGACAUACACACACACAAACUUGUAUAUAUUUACUGAGGCAAUAUAGAUAGACACAUUGAUGCUACUGUGGAUUUAAUAGACAAAUCCAUCAUUAGGCAAAGACGCAACACUUCUAGGCUGGGCUGUGCAUGAAGUCAAAUACACCAUAAUUGACGUCCUUUUUAGGACAAAUAUUUCUAGUGACCAUUCAGCCGUUAAACUUUCUGAAUGCUUCCCUCAAAUAUGUAUAGGAAUUUCUUCAAUACUGAGACCCAAGGGAAAAAGCAAUGCAUGAAAAUAAAUCAAUAUUUAUAUAUUACUGUUACAAUGACUAUUACACCUGGUUGUAUUACAGCCGGGUGUCAGGGCGUUCCUUAAUGCUGUGGAGUAACAGAAACCAGUUGUUUGUUUUCAAGUUUGACUGCUGUACAUCUGUUUGAUGGUGGCAUACUGCAUACUCAUCUUCUGUACAUAUUUUUUUUAUGUUAGACUUUUUCCUCUAACCCCCUUACAAACUGGUUUGUACAUAAAGCAGCGAAACAGCCAUCAGUUAUUCCGAAGUUAUUUCUUAUCCUUGCUACACUAAUUUAAUGCAAUCUUGGUACUGCUUAUAUUACAGAUGCUGGUUGUAAUACAUCAAGUUAACGGUCUGCUUUGGCUCUAUAGCCUUCUGAUCAACGUUCUAGUCUCAAGUUAUCACCUUGCACUCAGAUGUCUAUAGUGUUGAUGUAAUCAUUGCAAAAACUGUAUUUUAAUUAGUCCAAUAUUUUACAAAACUGAAUUACAGAAGUACUUGAAGCCUCUUAUUUUAAUUUGAUUGUCAAUCUAUACUAUAAUUUGUUGAGUGAAAGUGAGGCCAUUGAUAGAUUGAUGGUUAUAUGUGUACGUGAGCAUGUUUAUUUGAAGUAUAUUUCAUGUCGUCUUUUUUAUGGGAGCUGGAUUUGUUCCAUAACUAAAUUGCUUUUAAUUUAAAAAUACCUACACGGAUGGCUAAGAGUAACUGCCUGUGAUGUGAUGCAUUGUUUCCUGCAUUACUGGGGUUCUUCUCAUUCUUGGCAUUUCUGAGAUUUCUGAGAUAAUUUGACAUCCCGAAUGUGACGUCCGUAACAUACAUAUAUUUAUUUGUUGUGUAACUUUUGUUAUGAACUGUUAAGACUAGGCCAGUGUAUGUAGUAAUAAUAAUAAUAAUAAUAAUAAUGCUUAAACCCAGGCAAUUUGGACCAUUGGUGUCCCUCAGGGUUAGUAAAAUAGAAGGUGAUAUAUAUAUGUAUAUAUAUAUAUAUAUAUUCACACACAAACAUAUAUACAGUUAUAUAUAUACUGUAUAUAUAUGUGUGUGUGUGUAUUUUACACGUGUCCCUGCUGUGCUGAGGCCAGAGUCUGCAUUUUGAAAGGCUCGCUUGCUGUCUCCCUGCCGCUGAGAAGCAGCCCGGAUCCCGAGUUUAAACCGUGUCACAUUCUACAUGCUGUGGCUCAGUGCAGUAGUGGCUGCUUAUCUCUCUUUGUUAUGACCUGGAUGUAAUGUCACUACGGGAAAUAUAAUGUCCCCUGUAAACUGUUACCGUUACCUAAAAUAAAACAUCAAUACCUCC